UCCACAGUACCGAGUGGAACGCGGUCGACGCUGAGCCGCGUCUGCCCGUGGCCCGUGCGUCGUCGCCGUCGUCGUCGUCGUCGUCGUCGUGUUCCAUCACCGUACGCGCGCGACACGUUACAUUUUGUCCGCCGCGAGAUAACGAGAUAAUACUGCACGCGCACACACACACAUCGGUGCGAGAUAACUACUGGCAUCGGUGGUGGUGCUGCUGCUGACGGUGUGGUGGCGGUGCAGUAUACGCGGAAACGGCACGGUCGUUGCCGUUGCGGUGCACUACGUAGCGCCGUGCGAAGGUACACGCAUACUGUAUAAUAUACAUCACACGCACACACGCGCCCGCGCGCACUCGCUCGGCUACGCGGUACACACAUUUCGUAUUUCUCGGUCUAUACAGUACGAUCGUUGCAGUCAGUCGUCGUCCGACGUGUGUGCGGCGCGUUCCGUUCGAAAUAAUAUUAUUAUUAUUUAGUGCCUGUAUUAUAGGUGAUAUUAUUGUAUCAGGUUUUUUUUUUUUUUUGUUUUUGAGAAUACACUCGACGAGGCAUAAUAAUACAUAAUAAAACAGUAUCGUAUUAUAUCUCAUACUAUCGAACAUAUUUUUUACGUCGUAGAAAUCGUGUGACGACGGUACCUAUGGCGAACUGAACUCGCCGGUGGUUUUUUUCCCCCCGUGUCGCGCACCGACCGGGUCCGGUCAACCGCGGCUGUCCCAGUGCCAGGAAAUUUAGACAAAAUCAUAUUAUUAUGAUCGUGUGGUGAACGGCGGUGCGCGCGUGUGUUGCUGUUAUCGUCGUUGUUGUCCGUUGUUAUUGUUGUUGCUAUCGUCAAACGACGUGCGACGACAUGAAGAAGUUCACGUUCAAAGGCGUUUUGGACGGUAUACGGUCCUCGGUGGCGCCCCAGAUCAAACCCGAUCAGGAUAUCGUCGAGACGCUCCGGCCCGAAUACUUCCAAGUGGCCAAGACGUUUCGUCAUGGUUUUCCGUACCAGCCGACUGCUCUUGCGUUUGACCCCAUACAACGAUUGUUGGCCAUUGGUACUAAAAAUGGAUCUUUACGAAUAAUUGGAAGGCCUGGAGUCGAUGCACAGGUUAGACACGAAUUAGAAGCGGCCGUUGUUCAAGUGGAGUUUUUAAUGAACGAAGGAGCGUUAAUCACGGUAACCGCUGACGAUAGUUUACACCUAUGGAAUUUCAGACAAAAAAGAGCUGACGUUGUUCACAGUUUAAAAUUUCAAAGAGAAAGAAUUACAGUUAUACACCUUCCACUUCGCAGCAAGUGGCUCUACGUGGGUUCGGAAAGGGGCAAUGUACAUUUCGUCAACGUCGAGACGUUUACCCUUUCUGGUUACAUAAUAAACUGGAAUAAAGCUAUUGAAGUGACCAGACCCACCCAUCCAGGACCCAUCGUGCACCUGAGCGAUAAUCCUGCAGAUUCCAGCAAGUUACUCAUUGGUUUCGAGACUGGUCUAAUGGUGUUGUGGGAUCUGAAGACAAAAAAACCCGAAUGUCGUUGGCAAUGGGGUGACUCGCUCAAGUCUAUAGAUUGGCAUUUUGAAGGUAAACAGUUUACGUGCAGUCACAAUGAUGGCAGUCUAACCACGUGGAAUGUCAAGCCAUCUUCAAAACCAGCAAAUAUAAUUUAUCCUCACGCAAAAAAUAAAACGGAAUCGUGCAAACCAAUUCAAAAAGUUGAAUGGAAAUCAUCAAAAUCUGGCGAAUCGUAUUUGAUAUUUUCCGGAGGGUUGACCGCCGAUACUGCUGGCCGUGUGCCCAGCAUAACGAUCAUGCACGGAAAAACGACUACUGUUCUUGAAAUGGACCACAACAUCGUCGACUUCGUUACGCUGUGCGAAAGUCCUUACAACAGCGACGUCCAAGAACCGUAUGCCGUAGCAGUGCUCAUGCAAAACGACCUGGUGCUGAUCGACCUUCUCAGUUCGGGAUACCCGUGUUUCGAGAACCCACAUCCGAUGGACAUUCAUGAGUCUCCUGUUUCGUGCGUCCAUUACAUCGCUGAUUGUCCGUCGGACCUCAUACCAGCGUUCUAUUCAGUUGGUUCGAGAUCCGCAUCCAAACGGACCGGCUACAGCGAAAAUAAGUGGCCUAUUGCUGGCGGCGAGUGGAGCCCGACGUCUUGUAGCUACAACGAGAUUAUUCUCACUGGGCACACAGACGGUAGCGUUCGAUUUUGGGACGCAAGUGCCGGCAGUCUACAAGUACUAUACAAAUUAAAAACUGCCAAAGUGUUUGAAAAGGCAAGGUCAAAGUCACCAGAAGGCGGUGACGAAGAUCAAUUUUCCGUGCAACUGUUGUCGUUCUGUCCGGAGAGCAGAAAAUUAGCCGUUGCGGGCAUCUCGUCGUAUGUUGUGCUAUUCAAAUUCCGCAAACUUGAGUCCACGUUUGAAACCACGGCGCUCGAGAUACCUAUAUACUCAGAGAGUCUGGACGAGGCCGCCGAGAGCUCGCCGGAAGAAGCGCCAUCGAAACCGCCGGGCGCGUCCGACGAUAGUACUGCGCUGGUCAGGGUCCGGACCGGGCCUCAGAAGAAACCACCCGGCUUCCAGGCAUGCCUGGCGUGCGUGACACCUUCCAUCAACGGAGAACCUCCUGGUCAAAUUACCGCACUCACAAUUAAUUCAUCGUACGGACUGCUCGCCUACGGUCUGGAUAAUGGUAUUGUGAUAGUAGACUUUAUACAAAAAUGUGUUCUCCUAAACAUCAGCACUGCCGAUAUGUACGGCAGUGCGGAUCCAUACCAAAGAGCUCCCAGGUCGCCGAAACGAACAACCGCUUUGAGCGAGACCAGCGACGGCGAACGAUGCCGGUCUCCCAGUAUCGAUCAGGGCCUCGAAGACGAAGCCGAGGAACUGGAAGAACUCAGCAAACUAGCCCUGAGCCCGGUGGGCGUUUACUCGACCCAGGUAUCACCGAACCCCGCCAACUCGGAUUGGCCGGACGACGCGACCGAGAGGGCGGAAGAGGCGCUCGUCCUAAUACCAGCCGCCGCACCGGAACCCGAGGAACCGGCGGAACCGGGAGAACCGCCCCCGCAGGCGACGGUUAGUGCAUCUUCGGAACCGGCUACGCCGGCGCCGGUCAAAGGGAACGGCCGCCGGACCAGUCACUCGUGGCGGGGCCUGAAGAAACAACUAAGUCGCGUCGAUCUGAGACUGAAGAACACGUUCAACGCGACGCCAGCCAAGAACAAGGGGUCCACGUUCUACGGCAGCGGUGGUGGUGAACAACCGGAAACCGACGAAGUCGGGAACGUCGGCACUGUGUCCGCGACUACCACGACCACCACUACCACCACCGGUCUACCUCAAAUCAUAACCGAAACCGAUGGUCAAGACCAUCGGCCGGACGGUGGUGGCGCCCAGUCGACGGCUGGCGACCAGUCGGCCGCUUCGGCCGCGGCCACCAGGCCCACGGAGCUCAAGCUGUUCGACCGCGACGGCAAGCCCAUUAAACCCCCACGGUCGACCAAAGAACACCGGAAACGGACGUCACUGGACAAGCAGGGCAACUUGACCGCGGGGUCGUCGCGAGACGCCCGACUCUUGUCCGUGCCCAACAUCAAGUACAGCCAAAGGGACCCGAGAAAUAACCGAUCGAACAAUCAAGCGUUCAUCAACCUCAUUAAACGACUAAACAAAUUGGACAGCUCGUUCUCUAGAUCACGAAGUUCUAGUAUGUCGAGCUUAGACAACAUCACCACAGAGUCUAUACAAUGUUUGACGUUCGGCGAUUCGUACACGAAGAAAUCCGAUCCGUCUAACUUCCCGACCCUCUGGAUAGGCACCAGCGUGGGGUCAGUGCUCACCAUAAUGAUCAAUCUACCGCCUCCUGGAGAGGCCAGGACCACGCAACCCGUAACCGUCGCCCCUUGUGGUACGAUAUUCAGACUGAAAGGCGGAGUGCUUACCAUGUCGUUCUUGGACUGCAACGGUGCAUUAAUACCCUACGCGUAUGAAGCGUGGCGAGACGAAGGCCGAGACAAACAAAAAACGCCAACUAAAAACUCGAGUGGACUGAACCGCAUGUCACCGGCGCUAACGGGUAGCUCGGAAAGCGUGUCCAGCAAUCCCGGCGGCGUCGGCGGAGCGGGUGUCGCACAGCUCCAGCAACAGUCACAGGUGUCGUGCGACCGGCAGUUCGUUACCAUCGUCAGUGAGAAACAAGUCAGGGUGGUAGCCUUGCCGUCACAGAACUGCGUCUCCAAACAUGUGAUACCCGACGCCGACUUCAUGGUCAAAUCCGAAGUCAUAUCCAUGAAAGAUAGCGUAUGCCUGGCAUGUUACAUAUCCAACGGCCACAUAAACAUCUAUAGCCUGCCAAGUCUCAAGGUGCUGGUGGACGUCGACUUCCUGGCGCUGUCCGAUCUGAGUUUUCAGACCCAGAAACAGGGCAUAGUUGACCCAAUGUUAUCCAUAUGGGGCCAACAGAUGUUUGUCAAUGAAGACACUGACCAAAUUGCCAAGACGUUUUGCUUCAGUAAUCGGGGACAUGGAUUGUUUUUAAACACGCCGUCUGAGGUGCAGAGAUUUUCUGUUUCCACCGAAUUCUGCCAAAGUCUACCGGAAAUGAUGGGUGAGCUGUUCCAACCGCACGAGAUGCCUGAACCACCUAAGCAAAGUUUCUUUAUAGGACUCUUUGGAGGUGGCUCUAGAUCCAUCGACCGUGAAGAACUGUUCGGUGAAUCUACCAGUGGUAAAGCACCAAAACUCGUGGCCAAACUUGUACCCGGUCCGUCAGCCCAACUGGACGCAUUAGGCAAUCGAGCGAGCACGGCAGCCAGUGAGAUAUCGAGAGCCCAUCAGUUGGCUGUAGAACGUGGCGAAAAGCUUAGUAACCUGGAGGAUCGCACCGCCAGAAUGAUGAACGAAGCCGAACAGUUUUCCUCAAAUGCCCGAGAGUUGAUGAUGAAGAACAAGGACAAACGAUGGUAUCAACUGUAAACCUGUCGAUUUCGUUUUGUCUCUAUCUUCCUCAGUAUAUAUAUUAUCUCCCCACCCUUUCUCUCUCUUUCUAUUUUUUUCUCUCUAUAUAUCUCUAUCUUACACAUAAAUACACAAACGUAUUAAAAAAAAGUCACCCACACACCGAAAAACUAUAUUUAUUGUUUUCAAAAAAAAUUUCUAUGUUAACAAAUUUCGCUUUAAAAGUAUAAAAAAAACUAUUUUGUUAAAAAUUCAUAUUAUCUCGUUGCCAUCGAAGUAAAUGUAAUUUUAGACGUUAGUAGUUUAAUAUUAAUAUGGUUAAACAUACUCUAAUAUAUUACCUUUAUAGGUAUGUACAUCUGUGCAUAUUAUAUUAUACUAUCCAUCGAUUAAAUUAUUUGCGAUUUUAGCCGACCACGAAAACAUAAUAUUAUUCUGCCGACAUUACUAUAAUAGUUCUAUAUCGAGGAACACAACAAUAUAUCGUCGUUCAUAACCAGUUAAUUCAUUUAAUUUAACCGAAAAAUGAUACCACUCGUUGAUAAUAUAUGUAUAUCUAUAUAUAAGUGUGAGUACAUAUUAUUAUACAUUAUAUAUAUAUAUAUAUAUAUAUAUAUAUAUUAUAUAUAUAGUGUAAUUAUUAUUUUAAGGAUAAUAAUAUAAACUCAUUAGUCAUUUGAUUGCAUACUGAUAUUGUAUUACUCUUAAAAUAUGAUUAAAUCAUCAUAAAAAACGGGCUGUGGUUGUAGCAUAUAAGUAAGGUGUAUUUAAGUUAUAAAUAUAUAAAAUUGAUAGUUUCUUUAUAUAUAAUAUAUAGAAAUAAUAAUUCACGGCUCUUACUGUACUAUGUUUUUAAAUUAAUAGCAAUCGUGUAAGGAAAGUCAAAACUAAGGUACUUAGAUUUUAAUACCCGUCGGAUGAAUUUUUAUAAAAGCAUAUUAUAUACCUCUACUAUAGAUUAGGUAGAUUAGGUACACGAAAAUUGUAUGUGUACAAUUACCAUCCCAUGUGUGUGUGUGACAGGCCGUUUGUGAUUAUUAUGAAGCGAUUUGUGCCUUAAAAGUAAGAUACUAUAUAUAUAUAUAUAUAUAUAUAGUCUACGGUGAAAUAAACUGUUUCUAGGGGCUAUUAAUAUUAUAUUGUAGUGUAAAUUGUUAUAUUAAUAUUUUAUAAUCAAACGGUAUUUAUAUAGAUACGUUAUAGGUAAAAGUAAUAAUUGAUCUAAUACUAAUAAGAAAAUCAUGAUGUGUUUUCUGUUUUCACGAUAUUUUAGCCUUCCGAAAUACAAACACGAUAUUAUAGUUUAAGUUUUAUUACUUAUUACGAUCGUAUAGAGUUUGAGGAAACAAGUAAAAAUCUCUCUUAAUCUGAGUAAAUUCUGUUAUACAUCAACCCUAAUAAUCGUUUUUCCAUAUUGUGAAGUGUCUAGUCAAAUAACAUUAACGCCGCGUAACUGUAUCGAGAAUGAGUGAAUAUAAUAUUACAUACGACCAAAUCAUACAGAAUUCGUUUGGGGAUCAAUACGUUUUAGCUUAUAUAUAUAUACAUAUAUAUAUAUUUAUAUCUAUUUAUUAUAAUGAUAAUAAUAAUAAUAUUAUUAUUAUUAUUAUUACACUAAUUGUAGCUGUUAUAUUUUUUUCCAAAAUAUUUUCUCAUUUCAUACUUGUUUUUCUAUAGAUUAUAAAAUUAUAUUAUAUUAUAAUAUAAGCAAAAUAACAUUAGUUUUAAUUUAAGAAUAUAUAUAUUGAUUAUUACACUACAAUAAUGUGACGAUAAUUUUACGUUCCCCUGUACAUAUAUAUUAUAUUAUAUUAUAAUAAUAAUUAUAUUUAUAUUUAUGUGAACGGCGUCAAAUGUGGCUCUCGGGGGUCUCGUCUCGGGUCCGUCGUGAUUUUCAUACAGCUUUCGUAAUCUCAACAAGGGCACAAAAAUAUUUACCACCAUUAAGUUUUACGUUACGUAUUUUGUUUUCAUAAAAUACAAUAUCACUCUAUGUAUCAUACAAAUUCUAAAUGAACCCGUCUUAACCGUUACGUAUACCUAUCAUAUUAUAUUUACUCCCACACGGCACAUUAUACACGAUUAAAAAAACAUUAUUUUUUUCCCCGACAUAAUGCAAUUUCCAAGCCUGUGAACAUUGUGCACUAAAACACACGCGCACAUUACCUCGAACAAUUUUCCGCUAUAAUAGAACCGCCUGUCAAUGUUUUAAUUUCUUGUGCGUAAGUAAUUUUUCACGAUUCGCUCGCACCACCCUUUCCUACUCUCCGACUCGACAACACCAUCACUGGGAUAGAAAAAUCGUUAUUGAUGGAAAUUUGGCCCCGCAGGACCCGAACGAGAUGCAACAGACAAGCCAUAAAUUACUUACCGGAAAAAAAGAAUAAUAAUAAAAAUGUGAUAUGAAAAAAUAAUAUAUAUAUGUAUUCAAAAUACACUGGUUAAAAAUUGUUCUGUUGACACUUAUUGUUUUUUUAUCGUUUUAAAAUAUAUUUUAUAUAAAAUGUAUGUACAUGCAUAUAUGUAUCUAUUUAUUUACUUAAGAUCGAUUAUUAGACAUUUUAUAUGUAUUUACUAAAUAUAUAUAUAUGUGUGUGUGUAUAUGUACAAAUAACGUUAGGAUAUUAACCAGAUUUUUUUCUUGAUUUACAUAGAUUUUAUCAAACGCCAAAAGGCAAAUACGUUCAUUUCUAUUAUAUUACACCCCAUGUCUGGAAAAAUAAAAUACAUACCGUCGUCUUAUAUUUACGUAACUUGUUGAAAAUCUGAGUAAUAUUUCACUCGUAUAGAGCUCCCAUAUACGUUAUCAUAGUGUACUUUUAAUCUGAAAUCCCGAGUAUUGAAUACAAUAAUAUAUUUUGGUUUUUUGAAUAAUUUAAUAAAUACAACUACAGCAUUUUAUUAAUUGAAUACAUAAAUUAAAAAGACAAUAAAAAAUCAAGGGGAAACGUACAUAUAAAAAAAGGUAAAUCUUAGUUUUUUUUAAAUAGAAGAAAAUAAUGAUUUAACUAUUAAUAUUAUAAUUCUCUAUAAUCCAGUCUUCCUAAAACUAGACAUAUUAUUGUAGGCUAAUAAUUUGGGCAAUAUUUCCAUCCCCUCCAUCCUUUCUUUCCCCCGAUUACAUUGCUAACACCAUCACUCGAAGCAACCAUAACCACAUAAUUAUAAUAUGAUGUUAUAUUAUACAAUGUACGUUGUACAUUAUGCGUUUGUUUUGUAUUACCAUUAUAUUAAAUAUAAUAUUAUACAUUAUUAUUA